CAAGCAACAUCAAAGAUUAUAGAGGAACGUUCCUCUAUAAUCUUUGAGCAACAUUACCAACAGCAGAUAGAUGCUAAUUUCACCACCCUGCAGUUGCUGACAUCACCGGCUGUCAACAAUUGCCUGCUGACAUCAGCAUCAGCACAUUAUUAUGCUCCCUGCACAGGCUCCCCGUGUGUAACUAAGAAGUCAAAAUGGAUUUUGAAAGCAAGCUGCAUCGCAGGGGUGGGAUGAUUUACACGUUGUCGGCUCUGGAAAGGGAUUCACCCAACAAGAGCCAAGUCCCGGCGGUAGGAUGAUUCCCUUCUUCCGUCUGCUUGCCAUCUUGGUCACUGUGUACCAAGGUUACAGCUCGAAAGCAGGAGUCUUCCUUGUGGGGUGUGACAGUGAAAGCAUGACACUGAGGGUGACAGAAGAUCUGAUCACAUCCUGUUACUUCUAUUCCCAGUCCGAGGCACAGCGUAUUACCGUCCUGUGGGAGAGGUUUGAUCCUCAGAGAGUGGUGUACAGUUACCAGAUCAACCAGAGUCUCUGGCAAAACCAGGACCCCAGCUACCGAAACCGGACACAAAUGUUCGAGAAUGAGAUUGCGGAAGGGAACGUGUCUCUGAAGUUGAGGAACGUGAGUCUGUUGGAUGCAGGGAUGUACAGGGUUAACGUCAGCGCGUCCUCAGGACAAGGCUUUAAGGACAUCAGAGUCAUGGUGGGAGCCAUCGGUCACUCCCCUCGAUUUCACUCCUUCGUCACCAAGAGGAAUCACUCGGUGUUGAUCUGUGACUCUGCCGGAUGGUUCCCUGCCCCCAGCGUGUCCUGGCAGAACUGGUGGGGCCUCAACAUCACCAAGUACUCGCAGACCCACGAGACAGACAGCCGGGACGGACGGGUGCGGGUGAGGAGUGCCAUGGAGUUCCCCACCGGCUCCAACGGCAGCUACACCUGCACCAUCUGGAACCCUCUGCUCUACCAGGGAACCUCCGCCAACUACACCCUGCCCACUCUAGGGAACAGUCCUGACAUCCACUCGAUGGUGACAGGUGGUGGGCGCUCGGUCCUGACCUGCCUGUCGUCCGGCUGGUACCCAACCCCCAACCUCACCUGGCACAACGAGCAAGGACAAGCCAUGACCAAGCUGUCCCAGACGGAGCUGACUGACGACACACGUGGAAGCGUCUCGUUGAAGAGCACACUGCGGCUGGAGGACGACUCCAACGGGAACUACACUUGCGCCAUCUGGAACCCUGCGUUAAAGCAAGGACUGAGGUCCUCCUUCACCGUCCUGAUUUCCCGCUAUAAGGAGAUCCAGUCACACUGGAUCGCAGUCGGCGCCAUCAUUUCCAUGUCCAUCGUCGUGGUUGCUGCAGUGAUCAAAGCAAAGAGCGUCAUCAUGCUGAUCAAGAAAGAGAGGAAAGGCCAUGCUGCAUUCUCCCCAGCAGAGUGAGGCUACCGGCAGACACGGGAGGUGCGAGGACAGAGCAGCAGGUCCUGAGCAAUAGAGGCAUCUUGUCCAUUCUCAGCCCUGCCCAUCUUCAGAAUUAGAAACCAACGCCCGAGGCAAGUUUGCACGGUUGGUCUAUAACGGAAUAAAUAUUUAUACUGAGCAACUCUCUUGUCUUGUUUGAUGUUGGGAACCACAGCAGAGGAUUGGGUGGCUGAAUGUUAACCCUUGGCCCGCCAGACUGCAGCCGAGGGAAGGGCAGCAGAGGUCAGUGGGGGCACUUCCAGGAGUUUGACUGGAGAUGGUCUUCCAUUGCACAUUGAUUGGUUAAUUGAUUGAUUGAUUGAUCGAAAAGGUACAGCAUGGAAACAGGCUCAUAGGCCCAGCGAGCCCACACCGACCACCAUUUGCACUACAUGUUCUCAUCCACUCCAUGCACCCCAAGGACACUUUGCAGUAGCCAAUUAACCCACAAACCAACACUUCUUUUGUGAUGUGGGAGGAACCCGGAGCACCCAGAGGAAGCCCACCUGGUCGCCGGGUAGACGUGCAAACUUCACACAGAUACACUCCACAAUCCCACGCCCGAGGUUUGGAUCGAACCUGGUAGUCUGGCACUGUGAGGCAGCAGCACUAGCAGCUGCACCACAUUGCCAAUGUCUGAAGCACACAACUCCAGGUAGGAGUGGACAGCUAGACUGAGGGAGUCCUUUCCAAGGCACCCUCUGCUGCCUGACGUGGACAUGAAGGAUCGCAUGUCGAAUUCAGAAGUGAAGAGAGUUCUCCCCUGUCCUUCAUAGAUAUUGGAACAUAGACCAUAAUAAAUACAGCACUGGAUAAGUCCUUCAGCCCACAAUAUCUGAACCAAUAUUGUCUGUAAGCACAUGAUACAUAUCCCUCCAUUCUGUGCUUAUCUAAAAGCUUCUUAAAUGCCACUAUUGUAUCUGGCUGCACCAUAACCUGAUAGUGCAUCCCAGGCACACAGUGCCCUCUGAAAAAAUCUUGCCCUGCACAUCUCUUUAAAUUUUGCUCCUUUCACCUUAAAGCUAUGCCCUCUAGUCUUUUAUAUUCCCACCAUGAGGAAACCUUUUGACUGUCUACCCUAUCUAUGGCUCAUAAUUUUACAUACAUCUAUCGGAUUUCCCCUCAACAAUCUGACCUCUGCUUGUUGCUAAUACCCGGGGAUCUGAGUAUUAGCCAUAAGCCAUUAUUAGCCAUAAUUAACCAAUUAUGUCCAAUCUCUGCAUAUAGCCAAUACUCUCUAAUGCAGGCAGCAUUCUGGUAAACAUCAGCACUCUUCCCAAAGCCUCCACAUCCUUCCCUAAGGUAGCCAUGAAAACUGAACACAAUACUCUAAACAUAGUUUAAAGUACUAUAAAGGUGCAAUGUGACUUCCUGACUCUUGUACUCAGAAUCCUGACCAUUGAAGGCAGGCA